GGGCGAGCCGGUCCCGUGCCGGGGCCGCGCCGUUUGAAUCGCAACGGCCUGCGGAGCGGUGGGCAGCCGGUUCCGAGGCCGGUGCUGGUGCCGAGCAGCAUAAGAUACAAGACUGUUAAGUAUUGACAAUGGAAGGAACGAACAUGUUCAAGACUCCUAGCAAAUUGCCCGAGAAGAAGAAAUCUGCAUCAUUUACAACUCCUACUAUAGCUAUCCCAGCCUCUCCAUUUAUGCAAAAGCUUGGUUAUGGAACCGGGGUAAAUGUUUACCUUAUGAAAAGAUCUCCCAAGGGCUUGUCUCAGUCUCCCUGGGCUGUGAAAAAGAUUAAUCCUAAAUGUGAUGAUCACUAUCAAAGUAUUUAUCAAAAGAGACUGAAUGAUGAAGCUAAAAUUUUGAAAAGCCUUCAGCAUCCCAAUAUCGUAGGUUACCGUGCCUUCACUGAGGCUCAAGAUGGUAGCAUGUGCCUUGCUAUGGAAUACGGCGGGGAAAAGUCUCUCAAUGACUUAAUAGAAGAAAGAAAUACCAAAAGCCGGGAUCCUUUCCCAGCAGACACAAUUCUCAAAGUUGCUCUGAACAUGGCCAGAGGUUUAAAGUAUCUGCACAAUGAAAAGAAACUGCUUCAUGGAGACAUCAAAUCUUCAAAUGUUGUAAUUAAAGGAGAUUUUGAAGCAGUUAAGAUUUGUGACGUGGGUGUCUCCUUGCCCCUGGAUGAAAAUCUUACUGUGAGUGACCUUAAUGUACAUUACAUUGGCACUGAGCCAUGGAAGCCCAAGGAGGCUCUGGAAGAUGGUAUUAUCACUGAUAAAGCAGACAUCUUUGCCUUUGGGCUAACUCUCUGGGAGAUGAUGACACUAUCCAUUCCACAUAUCAAUCUGCCAGAGGACGACGAUGAUGAGGAUAAAACGUUUGAUGAAGAUGACUUCGAUGACGAGGCAUAUUACGAGGCUUUGGGAACCAGGCCAGCCCUCAAUAUGGACGAACUGGACGACUCAUACCAGAUGGUGAUAGAACUGUUUUCUGUCUGUACAAACGAGGAUCCAAAAGAGCGUCCUUCAGCUGCACAAAUUGUUCAGGCUUUAGAAGACAUACAGUAAUCACUCCAUCUUCUCUAUGUCCAUGCUAUCUUUCAUUUUUAACAGUCCUCUAAUAACCUUGAAGACCAAGGCAGCUACUGUUAACUAGUAUUAGGUAGUUUUCCUAUAAAACUUUCCACUAAAUUAAGGUUACUGUAAACUUACACUGGAACUCAGUCCAGAAAAUGUUUGUCUUUGUUUUUAUUCAUGUUUGUACUUGUUAAGUAUUAAAAUCUUUUACCAUU